AUGUCUGUACCAGAGAUAAAAAAAGUUAUAAAUCCAUUGCCAAAGGACUGCAGUGAUAUAUUAACGGAAAACUCUAGCGAUGUUUUUACAAUCCAGCCUUUCAACAGUCUAAACAUAACAGUGUUCUGUGAAAUGGAGACGGAUGGUGGUGGGUGGACAGUAAUACAAAAACGGUUUGAUGGAAGCACUAACUUCUUUAGAUCAUGGAAUGACUACAAAAAAGGUUUUGGUGACGUCUCAGGGGAACAUUGGAUUGGGAAUGAUAACCUUCACAACAUACUACAGCAAAUGACUUACAAGGUUCGAUUUGACCUUGAAGACUUCACAGGGGAUACAGCAUAUGCUAUUUACGAUACGUUUAACAUUGGAGAAGAAGAAACAAACUACAAUCUGAGUAUUUCUGGUUACAAUGGAACAGCAGGCCAUUCAGUGAGAGAUUCUUACAUUAUUUCACAUGAUGGUGUGGAGUUUACCACCAAAGAUAGAGAUAAUGAUUUCAGAGACGACAUAAAUUGUGCUGAUGCUGAGGGCGGGGGUUGGUGGUAUGGGGCCUGCUCAUGGUCAAAUAUCAAUGGUCUGUACAAUGUGAAUGGUCACAAAUCUAUUCACUGGCAUACUUGGCGUGGAAAAACUAAACUAAGAAAAACAAAAAUGAUGAUCAAACCGAACUAA